AUGACUGAUGACCAGGUCUGUGCAACAGUGGAGAAGUUUGGGGCCAACAGUGAGGAGUGUGCACGGCUGAAUGCCUCCCUCUCCUGCCUUAGGAGUGUCCACAAAUCAGGAGGCAGCCUUUCCAAGCAAGACUGGACCAUCCAGUGGCCAACGACAGAAACAGGGAAGGAAAACAACCCUGUGUGCCAACCAGAAUCCAUGCAGUGGAUUAGAACGCACCUUUCCCAGAGCCCCAAAGUGCAGUCCAAAUGCAUCCAACACUACUGUCACCCGGGUUCAGCCCAUGGACCGAUGUACACCCACGUGGACAGGCUGACUGUGGAGGGCCACCCAGGGCUUUGCCCCCCGGUAGAAUCUGGACAUCGCUCUUUGCCGCCAUCCCCCCGGCAGCGGCAUGCUGUUCACACACCUCCGCGGACCCCUAACAUAGUCACCAUGAUGACUCCUCCAGGCACGCCGCCAGUGAGGCGAAGAAACAAGCUGAAACCGCCAGGGACUCCUCCCCCAUCAUCCCGGAAACUGAUUCAUCUCAUCCCCGGAUUCACUGCCCUGCACCGGAGCAAAUCUCAUGAGUUCCAGCUGGGUCACCGAGUGGAUGAGGCACACACCCCCAAAGCAAAGAAAAAGAACAAGCCUCUGAACUUAAAGAUUCACAACAGUGUGGGAAGCUGUGAGAACAUCCCCGCUCAGCGCUCGCCCCUACUGUCUGAGCGCUCCCUGCGCUCCUUCUUUGCGGGAUACCCACCUUUCCUUCCUUCCACUCCUCCUGUCCAGACGGAAGCCACCAUCUCAGCAAACACACUGUCAGUGCCUCGCUGGUCCCCACAGAUUCCCCGUCGUGACUUAGGAAACUCAAUAAAACACAGAUUUUCCACCAAGUAUUGGAUGUCUCAGACCUGUACCGUCUGUGGGAAAGGAAUGUUAUUUGGAUUAAAAUGUAAAAACUGCAAGCUAAAGUGCCACAACAAAUGCACCAAAGAGGCCCCUCCCUGCCACCUACUGAUCAUCCAUCGCGGAGGGAGACGAGCUGUCCGAUGCGAGGCAGAUUUGCAUUCCAAACCACUUCCACCCACCCUUCCCCUGCCACCCUUUCUUUUCAGAUUCCCCACAACACGGGCAAGAUUAGUCCGAACAGAGUCUGUGCCGUGUGAUAUCAACAAUCCUUUAAGGAAGCCACCCAGGUAUUCUGACCUACACGUGAGCCAGACGCUACCCAAAACCAACAAAAUUAACAAGGACCACAUUCCAGUGCCCUACCAGCCAGACUCCAGCAGCAAUCCCUCCUCAACGACCUCCUCCACGCCCUCCUCGCCAGCCCCACCGUUACCGCCUAGUGCAACUCCACCGUCUCCCCUCCACCCCUCUCCACAAUGUACGCGGCAGCAGAAGCAAUUCAACUUGCCAGCUUCCCAUUACUACAAAUACAAGCAACAGUUCAUUUUCCCAGAUGUUGUGCCUGAGACACCAACCCGUGCACCCCAAGUGGUUCUUCAUCCAGUGAAUUCUAAUCCAAUCCUUGAAGGAAAUCCAUUACUUCAAAUUGAAGUGGAGCCAACAUCAGAGAAUGAGGAUGGGAAUGAGGAGGCCCAGGAGUCUGAGGAUGACUUUGAGGAAAUGAACCUCUCUCUCCUCUCCGCUCGCAACUUCCCACGCAAGGCCAGCCAGACCAGCAUCUUUCUCCAGGAGUGGGACAUCCCCUUUGAGCAGCUGGAAAUUGGAGAACUGAUAGGCAAAGGGCGCUUUGGCCAGGUGUUCCAUGGACGUUGGCAUGGUGAGGUGGCCAUCCGCCUCAUUGACAUUGAGAGGGACAACGAAGACCAGCUGAAGGCCUUCAAGCGGGAAGUGAUGGCCUACCGACAGACGCGGCAUGAGAAUGUGGUGCUCUUCAUGGGGGCCUGCAUGAGCCCUCCUCACCUUGCCAUCAUCACCAGCUUGUGUAAAGGUCGGACACUCUACUCGGUGGUGAGGGAUGCAAAAAUUGUCCUGGAUGUCAACAAAACAAGGCAGAUAGCUCAAGAGAUUGUGAAGGGCAUGGGGUACCUGCACGCAAAAGGGAUCCUUCACAAAGACCUCAAGUCCAAAAACGUGUUCUAUGACAACGGAAAGGUGGUGAUCACGGACUUUGGGCUCUUCAGCAUAUCAGGUGUCCUGCAAGCAGGCAGGAGGGAGAAUAAACUGCGGAUCCAGAAUGGCUGGCUGUGCCACCUGGCCCCAGAAAUCAUCCGCCAGCUCUCGCCUGAUACGGAAGAGGACAAGCUGCCCUUCUCCAAGCACUCAGAUGUUUUUGCACUUGGCACUAUCUGGUAUGAGCUGCAUGCACGGGAGUGGCCUUUCAAGACGCAACCAGCAGAGGCAAUAAUAUGGCAAGUGGGCAGAGGGAUGAAGCCCAACCUCAGCCAGAUCGGCAUGGGCAAAGAAAUAUCGGACAUCCUUCUCUUCUGUUGGGCGUAUGAACAGGAAGAGAGACCCACCUUCACCAAGCUCAUGGAGAUGCUGGAGAAACUGCCAAAGCGGAACCGUCGCCUUUCCCACCCUGGUCACUUCUGGAAGUCAGCAGAGUAA